AUGGCUCCGCGAAACCCCGGAGGAGGCUCGAAAGCCCCUCCACCUCCAGUCGCCGCGACACCUCUCGUGGCAUUCCCUCUGGGAGCGAGCGCUCCUUCGGCAUACGUCGGCCAUCCCGUUCCUCCACAGUGGACCACCAGUCUUUGUGGUUGCUUCGAUGAUCUAUCGAAUUGCGUGAUCACCUGUUUCUGCCCGUGUGUCACGUUCGGCCAGAACGCCGAGAUCAUAGACAGAGGAAAUACCUCAUGUGCAUCUGCCGGGGCUCUGUGCUGCCUGGCAUUACACUUCUUUUAUUGUUCGUACUGGUACACAUGCACUUACCGGACCAAGCUCCGCGGCAUCUACUCGAUCCCCGGCGGCCAGUGUGGAGAUUUUUGCGUACACCAUUGGUGUGGACCAUGCGCUCUUUGUCAAGAGUAUCGGGAGCUCAAGAAUCGCGGGUUCGAUCCCUCAAUCGGAUGGGUCGCUAACGAUGAACGAAGGACUCGGCAGGUCGGAAUAGUGGUCCCUCCGUCAGUUCCCGGCGGCAUGAUUCGUUGA